AUGGAAAAUAGUCUAAAGAAUGAACAAAACGAAGAAAGUAAAAAAAUAUUAAUUAAUGAACUAAGGCUAAGAAGAGAAAAAUAUGCUUUUCAUUUAGUAAAAAGGUAUCAUCAAAAACUUCCCUUCGACUACUCUCGACACCCUCAAGUUCCACUACUUUCGCCGAGUGAAAGAAAGAAAAACAAGAAUUGCACUCGUCAGAACGAAUGGUUUGAUAACUAA